AUGCCCCAUUCGGAUGCUUUCGGGGACACACAGACACCCCUGUUUCUUCACAAGUUGUGGAAAAUCGUCAACAGCACUGACGUUAAUUAUCACACGACAUGGGACGAGGAUGGUUUCAGUUUCAUCAUAACGGAUACGGAAAAGUUCAGCCGUGACGUAUUGCCAUAUUUUUUCAAGCACGGAAAUUUGAAUAGCUUCGUUCGCCAGCUGAAUAUGUACGGUUUUCGUAAAGUAUCCAGCAUGGAACGAGGGACGUUGAAGAGUAUCAAGGAGGUUCACAUCCAGUUUCAGCAUCCAUACUUUGUUCGCGAUUACCCGGAUCUAUUGUUCCUGAUCAGGCGUAAGAUCUCCGGUUCCGGGACACGUUUUUCUUUUGGCGACGAAGCGACAGGCGAAUGUAGAAAUUCGGCAUUAAUGAACCGAAUGCUGACCGAAAUGCAGCAGUUUAAGGAGAGGAUGACGCUGAUGGAAGGCAAAAUGUCGCGUCUGUCCAAAGAGAACUCGCAUAAGAUCAUUCAAUUUUUGCUGACUUUGGCACAGCCGGAGAAAAACGUCGGCAAGCGACCAUUGCUAAACAUCGCCCCGCGCAUGAUCACCUCCUCCAGCAAGGAAAACAGCCGCAAGAAAAUGCGCGUCACCGGUACCAACGACGUGUCUGAGCUGAUGCGUUCACUCGAACAGGAGCUGAAGCAUCGCGCUUCGGGUGGUCCUAUCAUAGCUGAUGUAACUGAUGAAAUCGAUUCGAUCAACGAUGGAUCGGCAGCGGUCGGGCAGCGGUUGGACACAGAGAAGGUCGCCACAUGCAACACCGGAUUCGUUGAACACCAAGAGCCUUCCGUUGAAGAAGCCUGCUCCAAUUUUGGCACAUUUGCAGAAUUUGUGAGCACAAACGGAUCAUACCCUGCUGUCGGCCUGCGUAAUAUUCAACAACUUUUGGAUCAGAUCAAAAAUGAUGGUGAAACGAGGUCCAGCAACAUUGCUGCUGCAUGUGACAACGAUAGCUUGGCUAAGUCUUUUGGCAGUACGCGGUCUGCGACACCAUUGGGAGAUGAUGAUUUUGAUGCGCUGCAUGAAUUGUUUACGCCCACUGGCAGUGGCGGCCCAAGCUGCGACUACGAUGAAUUCAACGACAUUUUCCUGGUCGACAGAGACUUAAGUUUUCCGGACACGCCGGGAAUUGGCAAGGAAAUUUCUAUCUAUCAGCCGCCGAGGUUACCUGUGCGCAGUGCAAGAAAUGAACAGAAUCCGAAUGUAUUUUCUGCCGCACCUGAACCCAACGCUAGCUCGAAAGCAACAGCCGGUUCAUCUUCGCCGAUUCCAGUGCCAGAAUCUUCUGCUUCAGCUGCCACAACUAACACAUUGUUCGGAAGUUUGCCGGAUGAAAACCCGGAGAUUUGGAAACAAUUAUCAUUUGCUAACAUCAAGCCGACUGACUUGAAAGUUUCCGGGUCGAGCAUGGCUUAUCGUUUUCCGAAGGACAAAAUAGAAAAAUGA